AUUAGAGCGUUAUUCUCAUAUAGAAAAUCGUUCAGAACGGGUAUUACCGUUUUGUAAUUUGUAGUAUAGACAAUUGGAACCGCGUUUUGAUGAUUCCCGUAUUGGCUAUCGUCUAAACGCCAUCGAUAAAACGACAUUUACCUACCACCUAUUCAACACUCAAUGCAUUAGAACACUGAACAAUGUGGUCCGAUACAUUUCUCAUCGUAUUUAUUUCAAUUUGUACGGCUCUAUUAGGAGAAGGAUUAACAUGGUUACUAGUAUAUCGAACCGAAAAAUAUCAAAAACUGAAAGUGGAAAUUGAAAAAUCUAGUAAAAAACUUGAAAAACGUAAAGAAGCUCAUGGAGACUCUGUAGACAAACAACAAAAGAAAAAAAUUGAACGUGUUGAGGAAAAACUUAAAAUUAACAAUCGUGAUUUGUCAAUGGUAAAAAUGAAGUCCAUGUUUGCCAUUGGUUUUGCAUUUACAGCACUAUUAAGCAUGUUCAACAGCAUAUUUGAUGGACGUGUUGUAGCAAGAUUACCUUUUACACCUAUUCCUUGGGUUCAAGGCUUAUCACAUAGAAAUCUACCUGGUGAUAAUUACACAGAAUGUUCAUUUAUAUUCUUGUAUAUAUUGUGUACCAUGUCAAUACGUCAAAAUAUUCAAAAACUAUUGGGAUUUGCUCCAUCAAGAAUGGCCAAUAAACAAAGUGGUGGCUUAUUUGGACCUCAACCUCAACAGUUUAAAUAAAUUCAAUUGGACAUAACAAAUUAGUAUUAAUAUAAAAGACCAAUUUAUGUUUUUUUUGUAUUACAAAAAAAAAAUCAAAUUAUAUUUGUACUUUUAUAAGGUUUUGUAAGAUAUUUCAUUAAUUAUUAGUUAAAUGCAACUCUAAAUAAUGUGAAAUUUCAUAUUGAAUGUUUAAAUGUCAAAAAUUAAAAUAUGCGACACUUACCACACUUUAUUCACCUAUAUGGUAUAAUGUUACGAUUCUAUUGAUCGUUCAGUGUUUAGAAUCCCUUGCUCAUGUUGGAAAUAAUGAAAUGUAUAAUAAUGAAAUAAAAUAUUUGUGCAACUUAA